AUGGAAAGAGAAGGCUCAAGCAAGAAGACAAUCCUUUACAACGAUUAUGGCUUCAUGGAUAUUGUUUUUUCUUGGUCUAUUGAAGAUAUUCUUGAUGAAGAUUUAUACAAGAAUCAGGUUGACAAGAUUGGAUUGUCAUUUGAGUCUGUUAAUCAUUAUAUUGGAUCAUACAAAUAUCCAUUGCUGGAAGAAACUCGAGCAACACUAUGCUCGAGUAUGGAACUUAUAUACCAAGCACCUUACGGCAAGGUGCUUGGACUUAAAGAGGCAAAACCAUUUGAUAAAAGAAAUGGUAAUGAAACAGAUAAAAUGUAUAACAUGAAAAUAGAUGGAUGGGAAAAGAGGUUUGUUCAUGGUAGAGAGCCAUACAAAACUUUACCUGGUGAUGUUUUGGUUUUGGCUGAUUAUAAACCUGAAUCAGUCAAUGAUUUGCAAAGAUAUGGAAGAAUGUGUUGUUUUUUGACAAUUGUGAAAACAAAUGAUGAGAAUGAAGACAUGGUUUCUGUUUCUUUUAAGGUCAAGGCAUCAAAAGAUCUUUAUUUUGAUGAGUUGAAAAACAAAUCUCUAUUUGUUGUUUUCUUGACAAAUGUUGGUUCUUAUAGAAAAAUAUGGACUUGUCUCCACAUGACUCGUGGUAAUUUGAAGCUUUUCAAACAAAUAUUGAGCACUAGUAAUGAUGAGGUUAAGGGAAGUUGUGAUUACAUCUCGCAACCUGAUGCUAUAUGGGAUGAUUCUUCAUAUCAAAGAGUAUCAUCAGAAUUGAAUGAAUCACAAAAUAAUGCAAUUCGUGAUUGUAUUUCUGGCAUUCAUUGCAAUCACAACUCUACUGUAAAGCUUAUUUGGGGUCCCCCUGGCACUGGAAAGACAAAAACCUUGGGAAUACUUCUUUUUGUUCUAAUGAAAAUGAAAUAUAGAAUUCUAGUUUGUGCUCCGACGAAUGUGGCAAUCAAGGAAGUAGCUUCGCGUGUGUUGCAGGUAGUAAGAGAGUCACUUGGUAGCAAAAAUAGUGAUUUAUUCUGUUCUGCAUGUGACUUGCUGUUGUUUGGAAAUAAUGAGCGGCUUGAGGUUGAUAACAAGGAGGUUGAAGAUAUAUUUUUGGAUAACCGAAUGCAACAGCUCAGGAAAUGGUUGUCGCCUCACACGGGAUGGAGAAGUUGCCUGAAUUCAAUGAUUGAUCUACUUAAAUAUUGUGCUUCCGAUUAUGAAAUAUUUAUCGAGAAUGAGAUAUUGCGGUUAAAGCAAUUACACAAUGAAAGCCAUAAGCUGAAGUCAUUUUUGGAGUUUUUGAGAGAGAAAUUUCAUUUUAGAGCAUUGCAACUGAAAGAGUGCAUUUCUAGCUUAUGCAAUCAUGUACCAAUGUGUCUCCUAUUAAAAAAUAACUAUAUGGACUUAGUAUGUUUAUAUGAGAAAGUUGAAUCAUUUCAAGAAAUGCUGUGUCGAGAGGAUUUGGCUUCUUCAGAAUUGGAAAAGCUUAUCUCUAAUAUGGAAAUUUCAGUGGAUUCUUGUUGGAAUUUAAAGAAUGAUGCUGCAGAACAUGUGUUCAAGAAGAGAAAUGAAUGUUUAUCAGCUUUAGAAACUGCAAAAGAUUCACUUCACGUACUUGAUUCAAUCAUGUUUACUAAGGAGAAAUCAGUAAGAGACUUUUGUUUUGAAAACUCAUCGAUAAUAUUUUGUACAACUGCUACAUCAUUUAGGCUGCACACAUUUUCUAUGAAGCCAAUGAACCUUUUGGUGAUCGAUGAAGCUGCGCAGCUUAAAGAGUGUGAAUCCAUCAUACCCUUACAGCUGCCAGGAAUAAACCACACCAUUCUUGUUGGUGAUGAGUGUCAACUUCCUUCUAUGGUCCGAAGUAAUGUUUGCAUUGAAGCUGGUUUUGGGAGAAGCUUAUUUGAGAGGUUAAGCCUAUUGGGUAGCCCGAAAAAUCUUCUCAACAUGCAACAUAGGAUGCAUCCUGAUAUAAGCUUAUUUCCAAAUUCAUAUUUCUAUAGCAGCAAAAUUCAUGAUGCGCCAAAUGUUAAGAGAAACUACACUAAGCAAUAUCUUCCCGGGCCGAUGUUUGGUCCCUAUUCUUUUAUAAAUGUAGCCGGGGGAAGGGAAGAGUUUGACGACAAUGGAAGAAGUUAUAAGAACAUGGCUGAAGUUGCUGUUGUCAUAACAAUACUGAAGAAUUUGUACAAAGAAUGGAUUCCUAAAAAGGAGAAACUAUCCAUUGGAAUUGUUUCUCCAUAUGCUGGACAAGUCCUGAAAAUCCAAGAGAAACUUGAAAGGUGUAAUGAUAUUAGCCACGCCGAUGGAUUCAAUGUAAAUGUGAAAUCAAUCGAUGGUUUCCAAGGCGGUGAACAAGAUAUUAUUAUAUUAUCAACUGUAAGAACCAAUCACAGGACUUCUUUACAGUUUGUUUCGUCUCCUCAAAGAACAAAUGUAGCUCUUACAAGGGCUAGGCAUUGUUUAUGGAUUUUGGGGAAUGAAAGGGCCCUUGCAGGAGAUCAUAAUGUCUGGAAGAAUUUGAUUUUUGAUUCCAAGAAACGUGCAUCGUUCUUUCAUGCAGAUCAAGACUCCGAAAUGGCCCAGGCUAUAUCGGAUUCCUUAAAAGAGUUAGACCAAUCACUUGAUUUGCUUGAUACAAAUAGUGUUGUUUUCAGAAAUAAAUUAUGGAAGGUUCAUUUCAGCGAUAAAUUUCGUAGAUCAUUCACAAAGGUGCGACCACAGCAUUGUAAAAUCUCAGUUAUAAAUGUUUUGGAAAGAAUUGCGAGUGGUUGGAGGCCGAGAGGGCGUAGCGUUGAAUUCAUUUGUGAAGGUUCUUCUAAGAUUCUGAAACAUUUUAAGGUUGAAAAUCGCUACAUUAUUUGUUCAGUAGAGAUAGUGAAAGAUUCAAGGCGCUACAUUCAGGUUCUUAAGAUAUGGGACCUAGUGUCAUUAGAAGAGAUUGCACGAUCUGCUAAGCGCCUUGGCAGUGAAUUCAAAAGAUACACAGAUGAAUAUAUUGUUUGCUGCAAAGAGAGAGGAUUUGAUGGGAAAAUAGAGUUUCCGUUGAGCUGGCCCGGAACUGCAAAUAUCCAGAAAUUAAAGAUUGUUGGUACUGAUGAUACUAAGGAAGCCGAUUUAGUUGUUUCAGAAGAUCCAAAUAUUGCUGCUCAAAACUCAAUGAUCCAAGAGAGUGCUUUGUUGAUGAAAUUUUGCAGCAUUUCAUCGGAUUACACACAUAAUGGCCGUGAUGCUAUUGCAGUGGAUCUUCCGUUUGCGUUAACAUAUGAACAAUGUAAAAUAAUUACCUUUGCUAAGAGUACGUUUGUGCUGGGUCGAUCAGGCACGGGAAAAACAACCGUUCUUUCCACAAAGAUGAUCCAAAAUGAGAAACUGCACCAUACUGCUGUUGAAAGUGUUUAUGGUCUCAUUGACGAUGCAAAUUUGUCUAAUGAGAAUGCCGUGCAGCUUAAUAGACCAGUACUACGGCAGUUAUUUGUGACUUUGAGCCCCGGACUGUGUGAAGAGAUCAAACGCAAUGUUUCUUGUUUUAAGAGGUCCCUAGGUGAGAGUAUUGAUGAAGAUAUUGAUGAUGCACCAGAAUCCUUUUCUGAUCUUCCAUCCAACUUAUACCCUCUUGUGAUAACAUUUGGUAAAUUUUUGCGGAUGCUUGAUGCGACUUUGGGUAAUUCUUACAUUAAGCAUCAAAAGAAGGAAGUGAACUUUGAAAGGUUUGAUUCAUUAUACUGGCCUCACUUCAACUCUCAGCUGAUAAAAAAAUUGGAUUCUUAUCUUGUGUUCACUGAGAUCAUGUCACAUAUUAAAGGGGGCAUAAAACAAGCUGAGAUAGGAAAGUUGAGUCGCAAUGACUAUUGUACUUUAUAUGAGAGUCGAUCAUCGAGUAGUUUGAGCAUGGAAACAAGAGACAUAAUAUAUGAUAUCUUUCAAAACUAUGAAAAAAUGAAGAUGAAAAAGGGAGAAUUUGAUGUGUCUGAUAUUGUAAUUGAUCUCCAUCACAGACUGAAGAUGAAUGCUUACAAGGGGGAUAUAAUGAACUAUGUGUUUAUUGAUGAAGUGCAAGAUCUUACAAUGGCUCAAAUAGCACUAUUCAAACACAUUUGUAGAAAUGUUGAAGAGGGUUUUCUUUUCUGCGGCGAUACAGCCCAAACAGUUGGGAGAGGUAUUGAUUUUAGAUUCCAAGAUGUAAGAUCCCUCUUUUACAAGAACUUCAUGUUAGAAUCUAAAAGUGGAUUUCAAGAUAAAAAGAAAGAGAAAGUGAAAUGUAUAUCUGAUAUUUUCAUGUUGAGUCAGAACUUCAGUACUCAUGCCGAGGUACUGAAAUUGUCUCAAAGCAUCAUUGAACUUUUGUUUCAUUUCUUUCCAAAUUCUAUCGACAUGUUGAAGGUUGAAACGAGUUUGGUAUAUGGCGAACCUCCCAUUGUUAUUCAAUCUAGGAAUGGAGAAAAUCCAAUUCUAACAAUUUUUCAAGGGAAUGGUUACAGUGGUGAGAAUAUUGGAAGGUUUAGUGAAGAACAGGUAAUCUUAGUAAGAGAUGAUUCAACUAAGGAAGAAAUCAUGCAAAUUGUUGGAAAACAAGCUCGAGUUUUAACCAUUUUAGAGUGUAAGGGCCUUGAGUUUAAGGAUGUGUUGUUGUAUAACUUCUUUGCUUCUUCUCCAAUGAAAAGGCGAUGGGGUAUAAUUUAUGAGUACAUGAAGGAAAAGGGUAUGCUGGAUUCAAGUUCGCGUGUUAACUGUCAAAGUUUUGUUGAUUUGAAGCAUAAUGUUUUGUGCUCUGAACUGAAGCAACUAUAUGUGGGUUUAACUAGAGCAAGGAAGAGGUUGUGGAUUUGUGAGGAGGAUAUAGAAGAGUUUAGUAAGCCUAUGUUUUGUUAUUGGGAGAAGAAAAAUCUUGUGCAAUUCAAGAUACUAGAUAGUUCUUUUGUUAAUGCAAUGAUGGUUUAAGGAUGAAA